AUUCGGAAAGGAUAAACAGACUGGACCAAACAUGAGUUUGAUUGGUCAUCUGCUCCCUCCACUUUCUUCAACCUCCAAGCCCUCCUCAGCCACCAAGACCUCGCUUUGCCUUCAAAUCCCAGAAGCUACUUUCCAAAUUCCAAAUCCAAAACCCAUACUCCUAUCUAAGCUACUCUCUUUGGCUCUUGCUGCAACCUUGAGCUCCCCAUUACCUUCUUUGGCAAUCCCUUCACUCAACUCUCAGUCCUCCCUACUCUCUCCCACCACUCCCUUCUCCCAAUCCAAGAACUUGCAGACUGGACUCGAAAAUGGAAAAAUUAGACCUUGCCCGUCAACAAAUCCAGGUUGUGUAUCAACAAAUCCGAAAUCAUCAUCAUUUGCAUUCCCAUGGAGAAUUCCUGAAAAUUCUACCAACAAUGCAGUUCAGAAAUUGCAAGAAGCAAUCCUGAAAACACAGAAAAAUGCGAAAAUUCAGGUUGUGGAAGAUACACCAAAUGGUCAAUAUUUACAAGCUGAGAUCGAUGGAGGGUUUGAUCGGGAUGUGCUUGAGUUCUUGGUGAAAGGAGAUGUGGUUGCAUAUAGGUCUAUGGCCACUAAAGUAACAUACGUGUACCCCUUCACAACAGCAUUAGGGGAUUCGAAGGGACAAGAAGAAAGAAUGAAGAAAAUCAAGGAUCUGUUGGGCUGGUAUGCUCCAAGUUUUGAUGCCAUGGAUUAAUAUCACUUCAUGCGAUCAAUACAAAAUAGCAAUUGCUUUUGGACCAUGUUUAUCCUUACUCAGUCAACUAAAUAUUAUGCUUAAUGUCAUGUCUUUCUAUUGCUCAUUUCCGAAGUAUAUGAUGGCAGCAAUGCAGUUUAUGACUUUGUAUAGAAGUGAAUGGGCAUUUAUUUUAGGUUUCUUGAUCAAUUGUGGUUUCACUUGAUGGAUAAAGUAAGACCUACAGUUCGAUAUCUGCAGACAAAAGUUUAUGACUGUCAGAGUUGUUACAUUGUCGAUCAUGUAUAUUUUGUUUGUAGGAAUUUGUCCUUUUUUAUUUUUCUUGAUGAAAGAGUUGAGACUUCC